AUGGGAAAACCUUCCUCCUUUGUCUUCCUCAUCAUCUUGCUUCUUUGCUUGACAGUCACCUUAGCUUCCAUUCAUACAAACAUCAAUACUGACAAAUUUGCACUUCUUAAUCUUAAGUCCUUUAUCACCUCUGAUCCAUAUGAUUUUUUAGUUAAUUGGUCUGUCUCUUCUAGUCCAUGCAGCUGGGCUGGUAUCACAUGCAAUAAUCGGCAUGGAAGGGUCCAUUCUGUGAAUCUUAGCAGCAUGGAACUUAAGGGCACCAUAUCUCCACAACUAGGAAAUCUCUCAUUCCUUGUUGAACUUGAUCUCAAUGAAAACAACUUUCAUGGUCAGAUCCCACAAGACUUGGUUCGAUUACGUCGAUUGAGACUACUCAAUUUGAGCUAUAAUGACUUUCAUGGACAAGUUCCAACAUGGAUAGGAGAUUUAACUAUGCUUGAGCACUUAAGUUUUCAAAAUAACAGUCUCAACGGAUUUAUUCCAUUAUCUCUGUUCAAUCUAUCAAGUCUAAAGCACUUGAAGAAGUUACAACUUUCAAGGAACAAACUUUCAGGAGCAAUUCCCCAAACAGUUUCCAACUUGUCUUCGCUUGAGUUGCUUUGGUUGUCUCAUAAUAAUUUGUCAGGGAGCAUCCCAAAUGAGAUUGGGGAUCUUUCACAACUGAAGAAAUUGUAUCUUGGAAAUAAUGAACUUGCGGGUUCUAUACCAUCUUCAUUAUUUAACAGUUCAAUGCUACAAGACUUCCAACUUGGAGUAAAUAACUUAUCUGGAAGUCUCCCAACAAAUGUGUGUGUUGGGCUUCCAAAGCUACAAAUAUUUUUUGUAGAUGGAAAUGAUUUGUCUGGCAAAAUACCCUCCACUUGGCAUCAAUGCACAGAAUUAUUAAAAUUACAAUUGGGGUAUAACAAAUUCAACGGAGGAAACAUACCAAUUAACAUCGGAAAUCUGACCAACAUCCAGAGGCUAUAUCUUUCCGACAGCAACUUGCAAGGUAAGAUCCUUGAUGUUCACAGCAAUCAAUUAGAGGGAAGCAUUUCACAAUCAAUAAGCAACUGCACAUCUUUAAAAGGAUUAUUUUUGGAUAUUAACUCAUUUACAGGUUUUAUACCCAAGGACAUAGGCAGUCUUGUUAAACUUGAAGUCUUAGAUUUGGGAUCAAAUCAUUUGAGCGGACCUAUUCCUUUCAGUGUAUUCUCCAUUUCAACAUUGAAACACUUACACCUUGGCAAUAACUCCCUCUCUGGUGUUCUCCCAUCAUAUUUAGGGAUUGGCCUUCCCAACUUGGAGCAAUUACUACUGUCUCAAAAUGAGCUGAUUGGACAAAUUCCAAACACCAUAUCAAAUGUUUCUAAGCUCAUUAGGUUAGAUUUAUCAUUGAAUAAAUUUAACGGAGCUAUACCCAAUGUCAUUGGAAAUUUAACAAACUUGUUUGACUUAACUUUGAAUGGGAAUGAUUUGAAUGGGUUGAUUCCAAACACAAUCAGAAACUUACAUAAGCUUCAACGUUUAAGUCUCAGCAACAACAGAUUGCAAGGUGCCAUUAUAGAUGAACUUUGCUUGCUCAAAAGUCUAAGUGAGUUGGAUCUUGCUAACAACAUGUUUUCAGGAGUGGUUCCCAGAUGUCUCGGGAAUACUUCUUUGCGAAACUUGAAUUUUAGCUUCAACAAAUUGAUUUCUCAUAUGCCCUAUUCUCUUUGGAGUCUUAAAGAUAUUUUGAUUUUAGACAUAUCCUCCAAUGCAUUGAGUGGAUCAAUUUCACCAGAGGUAUCAAACUUGGGAGCAAUUAUACUAUUGAACUUGUCAAGAAACCAAAUUUCAAGAAGCAUUCCUGCAACUAUGGGUGGUUUGCAAAACUUGCUAACCCUCUCUUUGGCUCACAACAAAUUACAAGGGUCUAUUCCUAAAUCAUUUAGCAGCAUGAUAAGCAUAGAGUCUAUGGAUCUUUCCCAUAAUUAUUUGUCUGGUGUGAUUCCAAAGUCCUUAGAGUCAUUACUCUAUCUUAAAUACAUCAAUCUUUCCUACAAUUUAUUGGAUGGAGAAAUUCCAAAUGGUGGUCCUUUUCAAAAUUUUACUGCUCAAUCUUUUACGAUGAAUAAAGACCUCUGUGGAAAACCCCAACUACAAGUCCAACCAUGUAGGAGAGGAAACAAGCACAUAUUAAAUAAAGUGAUACUGGUUAUAAAAUGCUUAGUACCUAUCAUGGUUGUCAUUUUGGUUGUUAUAGGAAUUGUCUUUCUAAAGCAUAACAGAGAUGAUGCUAACUAUGCAACGCGAAGGGAUUUAACAAAUUUGGAUGCACCACCUAGGAUAUCUUAUUAUGAGCUUCUACAGGGAACAAAUGGAUAUGAUGAAAGUAAUCUUCUUGGCUCUGGAAGUUUUGGAUCAGUAUACAAAGCAGUUCUAAAUGAAAAGAUUGUUGCUGUCAAAGUAUUUAACAUAGACAUGGAAGAAGCAUUGAGAAGUUUUGAUAUUGAAUGUACUGCCAUGUGCAAUUUACGCCACCGUAAUCUCAUCAAGAUUAUUAGUAGUUGCUCAAAUGAUCAUUUCAAGUCUCUAAUCAUGGAAUUCAUGUCCAAUGGAAGUCUUGAUAGAUGGUUGUACUCUCAUAACUACUAUUUAGAUAUCCUACAAAGAUUGAAUAUAAUGGUUGAUGUGGCAGUUGCAUUAGAGUAUCUUCAACAUGGUACUUCUACUCCGAUUGUUCAUUGUGACAUAAAACCAAGUAAUGUUUUGUUGGAUGAAGAUAUGGUGGCUCAUCUUAGUGAUUUUGGUAUAGCUAAACUAUUAGGUGAAGGACAAUUGGAAACUUACACAAAAACAAUGGCUACAAUUGGCUAUAUGGCACCAGAGUAUGGAUCAAAAGGAGCGGUUUCUUUCAAGGGAGAUGUGUAUAGCUAUGGUAUCAUGCUAAUGGAGAUGUUUACAAGGAAGAAGCCAACUGAUGAACUGUUUGUUGAAGGUCUUGGUUUGAAAGAGUGGGUUAGCAAAUCAACACCACAUUCAAUUAUCAAUAUUCUAGAUGUCAAUUUGCUACGUGAAGGGGAUCCAAAUAUCAACAAUAUAUUACCACAAAUAUCAUCAAUUUUUGAGUUGGCAUUAAGUUGUUGUACUGAAUUACCUGAGGCACGAAUUAUGAUGACAGAUGUUGUGGUCUCAUUGAAAAAGAUAAGAAAGCUCCUAUUGAGCUUGUCAAGAGUCUCACAAGAGGUAGUUGUGAGCAAAGAUGUUUGCAUGGUGUAA